AAAAAAAAUGUGGACAUGACCAGACUGUGUGAUCUGUUCAUAAGGUUGUCUGUAGCUCUUUUCCUUUUUGGUUUAUUGGCCUAUCUAUCAGAGGCGCGUGUGCUGGAUGGGAUAAAAGAACAUGCAAACACUGAUGAAGCUCUGAGAACCAAACGAAUGGUGGGAGGUCUCGUCACCCCUGGACAUGUCCCCUGGCAGGCUCUGGUGUACCUCAGUGACAGCAAGAUAGAUGGUGGCAUUGGUGGAGGAGCUCUGAUUGCCCCUCAGUGGAUUCUGACUGCUGGCAGGAAUCUAUUUGUGAGGAAGACACGAAAAGAUACAAGGGGAAAAGAGCCCUUGAUCCCAAAAGUAUAUCUGGGUAUUAGGCAUCGUGCUAAGGUUGAUUCUACUACUGAAGUGGCAGUGGAAAAGGUAAUUUUACAUCCAGCUUUUCAGAAUGCCUCAGACUCAGACAAUGACCUGGCGCUGAUCCACCUGAAGGAGCCGGUGAUUUUCAACGACACUGUUUUCCCCAUCCCUCUGCCUGAGAAAGGUGACAAUCUGGAGGAGAGUGAGGAACAGAUAGGCGUCAUUGCUGGUUGGGGCUGGACACCACUUUUCACAUUCUCAGAAAUCCUCAAGUUCCUUGCCCUUCCAGUUAUUCCGAGUAAUGCACAAGACAAUCUGAUCUUGACAACUCGUACCAAAUUUCAGGAGAAUGUUUGUUAUGGAGAUGCAGGUGGAGCUCUGGCCAUUCUUAACCCCAAUACCAAAAAGGUCUAUGCAGCUGGAAUCCUUUCCAAUGAUGAAGCAUGUACUAAAGAUCAGAUGGCUAUUUUUAUGAAAAUCUCUGCCUACUUGCCGUGGAUCCACAGUGUGAUGAGAGGUGACUCAGACAAGAUUUCGUCUCUCCGUACUUUCAUCAUGAAUGAUUUGCUUUCAAAGUAAACAUGGACUCUUUACAGGUCUGUACAAAAUUAUAAAUUGUCAAUAAAGAAUUAUAUUCAAAA